CCCUCUGACAGUAACCAGCUGAUUCUGGCACGCAUCCGGCCCUUAUCUGGCGUAGAUCCACCGGAUCUGCGCCGGAUUAGGGCCGGAUCCAUUCCAGACAGCUGCUAUCUGCAUGUGCUACAAAACUGAGAAGCUAGCAUUCAAACUCGAUAAGGCCCAUUACUGCAUCAACAUGUAUCACAUUGUGAAAUUUGUUGACACUGAAGAGGUGGAGGUAGUGCCGGCAAACUGGGUCAAGGAUGGCGUCUGUCUAUGGCCUCCCUACAAAACCCAGAGGAUCCUGAAAGCCUCAAGGUGCCAGGAACAGCCAUGUGCAAACUGGCUUCCAUUUAAAGUAACCCUAGUGCACACUGCAGCCAGUUACAGUGACGCACACAGGAAGCUGUCAUUGCUUGAGGACCAAGCUGAUCUUCAUUCAGAUGUUGAACCAGGGAGUUCCAAACGAAAGCGGGAGAUGAUGAUGAAUGAUUCUGAGGACAGUGAACAAAUGCACGAGGGCAUGCCAUCCAAUGCGCCCACAGUCAUAUGUCAGCACUGUGGAUCCCCCAAUGACAUUCCUGCCAUGCCUGAGACAAACAGCAGGGGGACUGAUCCUGUCUGCACACUCCUACACAAUCUGCUCACAAACCAAGAGCUGAUCCUGGAGCAGCUGAAUGUCAUCUCCAGGACCAUCGAGCCUCCGCAGGGAAACAGCAAGGACGACGGAGACAACGAGCUGGAGCCAGGUCUCCUUCCGCUGAAGGAGCUUGACACUCUGCAUGACCUGGAGGCUCGGUUGCUCUUUAGCUCUGACCUAAAGCAUAAAUUGAUCAACACACUGGCUCUAAGAGGUGGGAUGAAUGUUAAGGAUUGUGUUUGGAGAAUGAUGAGUCACCUCCUCACCAAUACGCUUGCCUUGAAGAUCAACUGGAGAGGCAUCAAUGGCAAAACGGCCUUCCAUUCCCUUCAAUUAAAAGAUGUUUUGACAAGAGCGGUUCGGCAAAAUCGCAUGACUUCUGAGUCCUCGGAUAUGGAAAUUGAAGCUGCAAUUAAACGGUGGCUACAGCUUGCGGCUGACAGGGAAGGUGGUAGAAAGGCGCGUCAAAUGAGACAAAUUGAGUGGAUGCCCUCAACGCCUUCAACGCCUUCUACCGGCGGCGAAGCAUCGAUGGAGAGGCAGCCAACCACUCCCUUCAAUUAAGAGCGGUUUUGACAAGAGCAAUUGGACAAAUUCAAUUUGCCUCCGAAUCCUCGGAUGUUGAAAUUCCGGUGGCAAUUAAGAAGUGGCUGCAUCCAGGAAUUGUCAAAAAGAUGGGGAAACGGCACAUCGGAUGAGACAAAUGAGUGGAUGCCAAACAAUCCUUAAAUGAAUACUUUUUAAAGGAUUAUUUUUUAUUAGUUUUAAUGUUUUCAUUUUUAGAUAUGAGGAUACAGAGUUCAUAUGUGUGUUACACAGUAUACAGGUAUUACCCAUAGGUUGUUAGUAUAUCUAGUGCCUCUUCUCUAUCCUCCAACCUGCUCAAUGCUUCUGUGCGAGUGCCGUAAUCAUGCUUGUUGAAACAUAAUAAUAAAGGCUCUGUACUCUUAA